AUGGACACGCAACGGAUAAAACGGGUGCAGGUUGAUGGCCUGGUGUUGACUAAGAUUAUUACACAUAGUCAGGAGGAAACCCUACUUUCCUCUGAUUCGGUUUCUGGAGUAUUGCUAGGUCUUACUGUUGGCGAUACGCUUGAAAUUACGAAUUGUUUUCCUCUUCCAAAACUCACUGAUGAUGAUCAGAGCAGUGGGGAGGCGGUUAGCGCUUAUGAAUUCGAUAUGAUUAGAAACAUGCGACAGCUCAACUCUGACUACUUGUCUGUCGGUUUCUAUCAAAGUGGUUAUGGGAGCUCCUUCCUGAGUCGGUCAACGUUGGAAUCCCUCUUUCAGUAUCAGAUGCAGAUAUCUGAGGCGGUUCUCCUCACAUAUGAUCCAUCAUGUGCCACCCGUGGUCAGCUUGGAAUGAAGGCGUUCCAUCUUUCAGAACAAAUUCUGAACGCCAUGUUAGAUACAGAGAUGCGCCUUCGUCUCAAUCCUAACUUAAAGGUUCGUCACAACUUUGAAUUUAUCAUUUUUGUGUUUGGACGUGAAUCUAGUUUGCUUAUACCUUCCUAUGGCUUGGCUGUAACCUAA